CGAGCGGGAGCCGGAGCGGCCGGGGUACCGGCGGCGGCGGCCUGGAAGAUGAGGCGGCCGUCACAGCUCUGCCGCUUCCACUCUGCCCUGCUGCAGAGCAGCCGGGACCCCCGCCUGGCCCCUGCUGCUCUUCCCAGGAGAAACCUCCGGGUCCUGCCUGCAAGGUGGUCCCUCAGACCCCAGCCCCUGUGGAGGAAGGUGCUCUCUGCCACGGUGCUGGGGGUCCCCCUGCUCCUUGGGGCCCACUACCUCACAGCAGAGCCUCAGGAGAAGAGAAGGAUGAGGCUCGUAGUGGACGGCGUAGGGCGCUUCGGCAGGUCUCUGAGGAUAGGCCUGCAGAUCUCCCUGGACUACUGGUGGUGUACAAACGUCGUCCUGCGAGGGGUGGAAGAGAACAGCCCGGGGUACUUGGAAGUGAUGUCUGCCUGUCACCAGCGGGCGGCUGACGCCCUGGUCGCCGGGGCCAUCAGCAACGGGGGCCUCUAUGUGAAGCUGGGCCAGGGGCUGUGCUCCUUCAACCACCUGCUGCCCCCGGAGUACAUCAGGACUCUGCGUGUGCUGGAGGACCGGGCCCUCACGCGUGGCUUCCAGGAGGUGAUCCCUGCUCUUGGGUUGGGGGCUGGGCAGUCUGGCAGCCUCCCCUGCCGCUCCGCCGGCUGUUCUGCGAACCCCCCCGCCCCCUGCCAGGUGGACAAGCUGUUCCUCGAGGACUUCCAGGCACUGCCCCACAAGCUCUUCCGGGAGUUCGACUACCAGCCCGUCGCCGCCGCGAGCCUGGCCCAGGUGCACCGAGCCACGCUGCAUGACGGCACGGAGGUGGCCGUGAAGGUGCAGUACAUCGACCUGCGGGACCGUUUCGAGGGGGAUGUUCGCACGCUGGAGGUGCUGCUCCGGCUCGUCGAGCUCAUGCAUCCCAGCUUUGGCUUCAGCUGGGUCCUCCAGGACCUGAAGGGCACCCUGGCCCAGGAGCUGGACUUUGAGAACGAGGGCCGGAACGCCGAGCGCUGUGCACGGGAGCUGCGGCAUUUCCACUACGUCGUGGUCCCCCGUGUGCACUGGGACGCGUGCAGCAAGCGCGUGCUGACGGCCGAGUUCUGUGACGGCUGCAAGGUCAACGAUGUGGACGCCAUCAAAGGCAUGGGGCUGGCGGCGAAGGAUAUCGCGGAGAAGCUCAUCCAGGCUUUCGCGGAGCAGAUAUUUUACACCGGCUUCAUCCACGCGGACCCCCACCCGGGCAAUGUUCUGGUGCGGAAAGGCCCCGACGGGAAGGCACAGCUGGUGCUGCUGGAUCACGGGCUCUACCAGUUUCUGGACGAGAAGGACCGGGCGGCCCUGUGCCAGCUGUGGCGGGCCAUCGUUCUCCGGGACGACGCGGCCAUGAAGGCACACGCAGAGGCCCUUGGGGUGCGAGACUACCUCCUCUUCUCCGAGGUGCUCAUGCAGCGGCCCGUGCGCCUGGGCCAGCUGUGGCGCUCGCACCUGCUGAGCCGCGAGGAGGCGGCCUACAUGCAGACUAUGGCGCAGGAGCGCUUUGAGGCCGUCAUGGGUGUGCUCAAGGCCCUGCCGCGGCCCAUGCUGCUCGUGCUGCGCAACGUCAACACCGUGCGCGCCAUCAACACCGCCCUGGGCACCCCCGUCGACCGCUACUUCCUCAUGGCCAAGAGCGCGGUCAGGGGCUGGAGCCGCCUGGCAGGUGCAGCGUACCAGAGUGUCUACGGGGCUAGUGUCCUGCGCCACAUCAAGGUCAUCUGGGAGAUGUUCAAGUUUGAAGUGGCCCUAAGGUUAGAGACCCUGUCGAUGCAGCUCACCACCCUCCUUAUUCGGCUCUUGGUCCAGCUGGGCCUCCUGCCCGAGACCCAGGGGCUCUCCCAGUACUUGGAGACCUAGGCAGUCCUGGGGCCAAGAGGCCCUCAGGGCGGGUCCAGCAUCUGGCCCCACAGACCGAGACCUGGGGCGCUGAAGAUGCUGUACCC